GGGAAGAUGCACACUGUCCCCUACAUCAUCAGCCAGACCAAGCACGAGUUCUUUUGGAAAGCGUACUCCAUCCUGCAGAACCAAACCCUGACCGACAGAAUGAACUCGCAAUUCGAGCAAGCUGCUCCAUUCUCUUUCCUACUGCCAGAGGAAAACAUCCAGACGGUCGCGAAGACAUUAAAGGAGAAGUACCUCCAGAACAAACCGCUGGUCAACGAUGAAGCCAGCGCUAAAAACCUCAGGACACUGUAUGGAGACUCUGUUGUUGGAUUUGGGGUGCACAGAUUGGCAAACCUGAUGUGCCUCCAUUCAAAGCACCCUGUGUACUACUACCAGUUCAGCUACAUUGGCAACAACAGCCACUACCAGGACCCGAAGACUGGAAAACCGUUAGGUGCUGCUCACCACGACGACAUGAUCUACGUGUUCUCUCUCAGCUACCAAUUCCCUCUGAUUGAGCCCUCCAGCCCCCACUCUCACAAGGUGGACGAGCUGACUGCCAUCUGGUACAACUUCGCCAGAUACGGGGACCCUAACCCGCGACCUGACACGCCCGAGCUGGGCUCAUUAUCCUGGCCGGUCAUGAAGCCUGACCAGAGGAAGUAUUUGGACUUUGGAGACAAGCUGACGAUCCAGGAGAACAUGUCUGAAGACCGAUUUAAAAUAUGGGAGGAACUUUAUCCCAUCAUAUAUUAAAUAGGUUUUUAAACGCGAGCUUUU